UUAUUCUACUCAUUUCUUUAAUUUUUGCACAAUUUUGUUGUUAACUUACUUACCAACGUGACUGUGUAUACAAAUAUAUAUAUGUAUAUAUAAUGUGUGUGUGUGUGUAUAUACAUACAUACAUGUACAUAUAUAUAUAUAUAUAUAUAUAUAUAUAUAUAUAUAUCGUCAUUCUCGUGCUUUCGAAUGCCUCCGCUUUUACAAUUAUAGUCAAAGAUCACAUUGAUUCGUUUAUUGCGCUCGAUAUUUUAAAUGCGAUCACUUGAUACGACGACGACUCUUCAAAUACACAUGGAGACACGUCAAUUUAUAUAUAUAUAUUCGUCUCCUAAUGCACGAUAUAUAUUAUACGUUUUCGAUAAAUACUAUUUUAUUGAGUACGAAGAGGUUAAAUAUGAUAGUGCAUCAUAAUCUGCAAAACCGAAAAAAAAAGAGAAAAAAAAAAUUACGAAAAAAUAUCAAACGUAUCCCUUGACACAUACACACAUUUUAACCGACGAGAAUUCCGGAGGAAGUCACACGUGACACUAGAAUCGCUAGAGAAAUGCAGGAAGAGACGAGAAGAGGAGACAGCUAGUGUGUACGUCGCUCUAACAAAAAACUAGGAUUCUACGUGGAGAAAUUCUUAUUUCAGGUGCAACAGGAGAAAACACGGUGGAUGUACAAUGGAACUAUCUAAACGUGAAAACGAUGAGUUGGAGAAUAUUGAAAACGAAGAAAUUAUGAUGAACGAUCCUUUACGAUAUUCAACGAAAACAAGAAAAAUAUAUUGCAAAUCGGAGAUACAAAGAAACGAAAGGGAUACACGUUAUCAUAGUAAGUGUCCAUCGAACAGGAAAUAUUCGACGAUUUAUCAAUGUGACAUUUGUGGUAAGAAAUUCCGAAAGAAGUUUCAACUUCACAAGCACAAAUACGAGCACGAGAAUAAAUCCGAAGAAAGUAUGGAGUACGAUAAUCGUUGCGAAGAAUGUGAUAGGGUAUUUCUUAACGAGAAGAAGUUACAUAAACAUAUGAUCAAGGCUCAUCAACAGGAGAAACCAUAUCAGUGUGCUCUCUGUGGUAAAUGUUUCAAAACCGAAGAAUUUUUGAAGACACAUUUGAAGCAACACAACAAACGUUUUACUUGUGAUAUAUGCGGAGUCUCCAAAGUAUCCGGAUACGAUUUGCGUUUGCACAAAAAGAAGCACAAUCAGGAAUACGUGACUCACUGUGAGAUUUGUGGUAAAGGAUUUUACACGAAUCAAACGUUGGAGAGACAUUUGUUAACUCAUACCGGUGAGAAACCAUUCAUUUGUAAGAUUUGUAAUACUCCUUAUGCUAGUGCAGCUUAUUUGAAUAUGCACAUCAAGUCUCAUGGUCAACGGGAGAAACACAAGUGUAAUAUCUGCAAUUUUGAAAGUUAUUGGAAGGCUGCUUUGAAGGUACAUUUGAAGAUCCACAGUGGUGAGAAUCAAAUAACAUGUGAAAUAUGUGGAAAAUCGGUGUCGAGUAAAACCUAUUUGCAAAUUCACAUGCGAAUACAUUCCGGUGAAAAGCCACACGUUUGCGAAGUAUGCGGAAAAGCAUUUAGCGUUAGGAAAUAUCUCGUUGUACAUUUAAGAACGCACACAGGAGAAAAACCUUACGAAUGUAAAGUCUGUCAGAAGAGAUUUACUCAACAAGGGUCGUUAAAUUCGCACAUGAAGUCGCACAGUGAAAGCAAGUAAUAAAACCAAAGAAACAAUAUCGAAUUAGUAGUAUGUAUUUUCAAAUAAGAGAUUCUGCUCUACUCAUGAAUUUUGUGCAAAUUGUUAAUGUAAAAUGUUGUAAAACAUCGUUAGCACGACGAACGGUUUCUCUUACCGUCCAUAUUAUAUCCUUUAUACUCGACUUAUUGCAACUAAUCAAAUUUGUGUAUUAAAAGACACUCUUUGUUAUUCUCA